UUGUACUUCAACCAAUAACCAUCUACCGCCACUUGGCGCACAACAGUUUUUCUCCUGAUAUCAGUCAAAUUUCGAUUUCGUUCCUCCUGCUGUGCCGCUGCUGUUGCUUUCAGUCGGUCAGUGUAAAACGAUUCACGAGUUCGAGCGGUAAAAGUUAAAUUUAUUAUUUGCGCUUCUCGCCACGCUUUCGCCGGCGGUUUUCCGGAUCACUUUUGUGAUGGUGGUGAUUUUUUUGGUUUUAUAGGAAUUUUAUGAAUUAACAUGAGUGAGAAUAACGGUACCACAGUGGUACCAAGUAAUGGAGCUUCGACCAUGGAAAUUGCUCAGAGCGAACAGGAUCUUUUAAGAACAAAAAGCAGCCGUAAAAAGCGCAACUGGAUUGUAGCUGUAGUGGUAGGUGCCAUAGUGGUAGCCCUUAUAAUAGCUGGCGUGGCGUUACUAUCCAACGGCAAGGGCCACGAGAGCCACGCAGAGGAACAGACUGCCGAAACUAUUAAUUUAGAGGACUUUUUAAAUUAUAAGUAUAACCCUAAGGGAUUUAACGGCACGUGGAUUUCAGGUGAUAAGUUCCUUUACAAAAACAACAAAGGUGAUGUCUUAUUGUACAAUAUCGGUAAAAAUACCAAUACAGUACUUUUAUAUGCUAAUGAUAGCAUCGUCCUGCAAGCAUUUGACUUUAAAAUCUCUGCCGAUAAUAAGUAUUUACUAGUAGGAUACAGAUACCAAAAGUUAUACAGGUAUAGUUAUAAGGCCCAAUACACCACUAUUAAUCUCAGCAACCCGUCGCAAAGAAAAGAAUUAGUUAUGGGCGAGAAUCGUGACUUUUUGCUGGUCGAAUGGGCGCCAACAGGAAAUGGGUUAGUUUAUGUUUUCGAAAAUAAUAUUUACUAUAAAGCAUCUGCUGAAUCUGAUGAUUAUGAUGCAGUUACUACCUCAAACAACAAGGAGUUUAUUACCAAUGGUAUCCCUGAUUGGGUAUAUGAAGAGGAAGUAUUUAGUUCGAACAAGGCUCUUUGGUUCUCUGACGACGGAGAAAAUCUGGCUUAUGCCAGAUUUAAUGAUACAGAAGUGAAUAUUAUGGUGGUGCCAAUUUAUGGAGAUCCAGGAAACUUAGGGUUCCAGUAUCCUAGAGCUAUAUUUGUGAAAUAUCCUAAGGCAGGAACACCAAAUCCUAUAGUGGACUUGUUUAUUUACAAUGUAAAAACUAAAAAAAACACAAUAUUGGAAAAGACUGAUGAUUUAAAAUCUGACCAACCCAUAUUGUCUGCUGUUACCUGGGCGACCAAUAAUUCAUUAUUAGCGGUAUGGAUGAACAGGGUCCAAAACCAUGCCAACGUUGUCGUUUAUCAAGAAUUAUCAAGUUCACCGACCACAGUAAAAAAUAUACAAAAAUCUACAGGGUGGGUAGAACUAUUUGUUCCACCAAUAGUUUCCGAAACAGGAACCCAAAUAGCACUACUUCUCUCAAAGGACGAAGGUACCUCAGCAGGUGCAUAUAGACAUCUAGCUCUACUGGACGUCAAAGAAAAUGCCACGGAAGAGUUUUUGACAGGUGGUACUUACGUUGUUACUGAGGUACUGGGAUGGAACCAUGACAAAAAUUUAAUUUUCUACACUGCCACCACCCCAAAUGAUUCCACAGUUCAGCAUCUCUAUUCGGUCUCGCCAAUCACCAAGACCACCACAUGCCUCUCCUGCCCUCUUAAGUCGAAAAACGGUAAAAAUAAUUGCCUGUACAACUCUGCAGAGGUCAGCACUGACUCGUCCUAUAUAAUUAUCACGUGUAACGGUCCAGAUAUUCCACAUAUUUCAAUAUUGUCUUCUGAAGGAGAGGAGUUGCUUCAAUGGACUACUAACGAGGAGCUUGUGGAGUUGCUUGGAGGAAAAACACUUCAUGGAAGGGCCAAAUUUGAAUUUAACAUUGCGGGCGGGUUUACGGCCAAGGUUAUGCUGAAGUUGCCUCCUAAUAUGGAUAUUAGUGGAAACACCAAGUAUCCCAUGCUGGUUAAUGUGUAUGGUGGUCCUGAUACUUACCAAGUAACCGACAAAUACAACUUAGACUGGGGAAGCUAUUUAGCAUCUAAUAAGAGCAUUAUUUAUGCAACAAUUGACGGGAGAGGUUCCGGUCUACGAGGAGAUAACCUUCUAUUUUCUGGAUAUAGAAAGCUGGGUACCGUGGAGGUCAUAGACCAGAUUAAUGUUACAAAACUGAUUCAACAAAACGUUCCUUACGUGGACCCCUCUAGGACAGCCAUUUGGGGUUGGAGUUAUGGUGGCUACGCUGCUGGUAUGGCCCUAGCUACUGAUACAGAAAAUAUUUUUAAGUGCGGAAUUUCUGUUGCGCCUGUUACUGAUUGGGCUUUGUAUGAUUCAAUUUACACAGAACGUUUUAUGGGUCUGCCAAAUGAAGACAACUACGAGGGUUACGUCCAGGCUCAACUUUUAACAAAAUACGCGGGUCUAAAGAACAAAGAGUACUUCUUAAUUCAUGGAACAUUCGAUGAUAAUGUUCACUACCAGCAGUCGAUGAUGUGGGCCAAAGUACUUGAAAGAAAUGACGUCCUGUUUAGACAAUUGAGUUACACUGACGAGGAUCACAGUCUGAACAGCGUUCGUCCCCACUUAUAUCAUUCCCUAGAAAAUUUCUUGGAUGAGUGUUUCGCUAAGGAUUCCUAAAAGACUGUUUAUAUUGUUAAUGUUUUGGUGAAUUUAUUAGUUGAGGUCAUGUGUAAAAUAAUCCCUUAAGGCCAAUUGUACAGAUUUAUAUGAAUGUAAAUUGAUAUUGUGUAUAAAGUGAUUGGAUAUUUUUACAAUCCUCUUUUAUACCGUCCCACGUACGGAUCUCCUGGACUUGUUUUAAUUUUUGGACAUCGACGAUUUUAGCCAUUUAAUAUUAUAGUUGUUUGUAUAUAUAGGUUAUAUUUUGAUUAGGAACGUGUUACAAAGCCGACAGCAACAAUUUUUGUUAUAGUUUAUAUUAUACCAGUUUAAAAUUUUAUUGUAUGUUGUAAGUACUCUAAAUUUCAGUAUCAUUAUUAUCAAAUAAAUGUUUAUAAAUUUAUAAGAA